AUGUAUCGACUUGAAUCAGAUGCUGGACGCCUUGCCUCUGACUACAAUCCACCGCUAUCCAUAGAAAUACUAAACCGAGAAUCUCAAGCCAAGCGGGAGAAGGUCAUUCAAGGGCACAAGGUAGCAAGGGUGCACCAACCAUUCGAAGCACAGUCGGGAAUUCGAGUAGACCUUGUCUCAAUGAUCAUGAACACCUCUGCGAUUCUGGACUCAUCAAAGAUGAGGGAAGAACCUGAUGAUGAACCAUUUAAUCAUUCUUCUCCUAAUUUGGUAGUCGAUACUGAGACACAUACCCACUCUAAUGAUAGAGCACUUUUCCAUUAUGUCCCUACAGUGCCAUUUCUUACAAAUCUUCAUGAACCCUCUAAAUUUAAGAAGGAAAAGAUUACUGAGUCCAUCAUGGACACUUUAAAGCAAGUCAAGGUCAAUAUUCCUCUCUUAGAUGUUAUCAAGCAAGUGCCUAUGUAUGCCAAGUUCCUUAAAGACUUGUGGACACAAAAGCACAAGUUAAGGCUACACAUGAACAAGCAAAUGUGGCUGACUGAGCAUGUGAGCUCAAUUCUUUUAGGUCACAUUCCUCCAAAACUUAAAUACCCCAGUGCUACCACCAUCACAUGUUUAAUUAGCGAAUACACUAUCGAUAAGGCUCUUUUAUAUUUGAGAGCGAGUGUGAACCUACUUCCUUACUCGGUCUACAAGCAAUUCAAUUUAAGAGAGUUGAAGCCCACCUUGGUCACCUUGAGUUUCACCGACCGAUUAGUAAAAAGGCCCCAGGGUGUGAUAGAGGACAUCUUCAUGAAAGUCGAAGAGUUCUAUUAUCCUGUUGACUUCAUUGUCUUGGAUAUAGAACCUUUCGACCCAACCAAGGAUCUGAUCCCCAUCCUAUUAAAAUGA